CUUAGCACCAAAAUUUCUGUAGCAGAAACUCCCCCUCCCCACCCACCUACAGACUACAGUAGUCAAUAGUCAUGGCUAUAGAGCUCAUGAUGAAUUACAUAAACACACCUAGUAAUACUAACAAUAGCUUCACAAGAAAUUUAGAAGAAAAGGCAGUUAUACAAGAAGCUGCCUCUGGGGUUGAGAGCGUUGAAAAACUCAUCAAAUUAUUAUCACAGAAGCAAAAACAGGGGAAUUUUACUUGUUUCCUAAAUCAAGAAAAAUCAUCCCCCAUGGAGAUUGAAAUAGUGGCGGAUGCCGCUGUUACAAAGUUUAAGAAAGUAAUUUCUCUUUUGGGUGGAUCAAGAACUGGAUAUGCUCGAUUCAGAAGAGCACCAAUUGCUUCUCCUCUUCCUACAGAUCAUUUCAAGAAAGAUUAUGCUGAUAGCAAAGUUUAUUGUCCUACUCCAAUUCAACAACUCCCUCCAAUUGCCUAUGAAUUUUAUAAUAAUAAAGUUGAAAAACAGGAAUCAGUUACAAAUACGAUUAAUUUUUCGUAUGCUCCUGAAAUUUGUCGCUCAAAUUCUUUCAAUAUCUCAACGAUAACAGGGGAAACAGAGAGAAAAUAUAUUUCAAAUCUUUCUUCAGUUGUUGAACCUCCCUUGUCUUCUUCAUUUAAAAUUAGAAAGUGUACUUCGUCGAAGAAUGGACUCUCCGGCAUGUGCAGUGGCUCCUCCGGUCGAUGCCAUUGCUCAAAGAGAAGGAAAUUAAGACUUAAAAAAGUAGUUAGAGUUCCAGCAAUAAGCAUGAAGUUGUCAGACAUCCCACCUGAUGAUUAUUCAUGGAGGAAAUAUGGUCAAAAGCCAAUUAAAGGAUCUCCACAUCCAAGGGCAUAUUACAAAUGUAGUAGUGUGAGAGGGUGUCCAGCACGUAAACAUGUAGAAAGAGCUUUAGAUGAACCAACAAUGCUUAUGGUCACGUACGAAGGAGAGCAUAACCAUUCCCUUUCUAUUGCAGAAACAAGUUGUGUCAUUUUAGAGUCUGAUCAAUUUGUGGGCAAUAUCAUUGUAAACUAGUUGAGUUAUCAAGUUUUAUCUCAAAGUAUAUUCAUCUUAAGAAUAUAUAGGUUCAGAAUAAGUAUUUUAAAUAGCAUUUGUAUUAACAUGUACAUUCAAAUCUUUCUAUAUUGACAACGUUUUUCUGAAA